AACGCUACAACCCCAUCUGUCUCUCAUACAAUAUUCUAUGUUUUGCAAGUUUGUGUUGCCCACCUAUUUGUUAAUAUGCUUCUCAAGGUCUAAAAAUACUCUCUCUAUCUGUCUCUCUUUCUCUGUCAUCCAUCAUGCUCUGUUUUGCAAACUGUGCUAGCCACUUAUUUGUUAAUAUGCUUCUCAAGUUCUAAACAUAUUUUGUCAGAUUUCUCACACAUUGUACAAGGAUUAUAGUGAAUAAAUUUUAAAAGAGCGGAAUCACAUAUCAAAAAGUCCAAUUCAUAUAGAGGCAAUGACCUACUGAAUGUUGGUAAUAAUGAUGCUACUAUUAUUUAGAAUAAACUCGAACUACAGGAACCAUAUAGUAGUGGUGAAAAAAUGGAUAGUGAUAAACAACUUUUGUAUUUUUCUUAUUCGGAUUAAAGGUGUUAGAGUUAUAAUAUAAGUCAUGUACCCCUUUGUAUUUAUCCCGUUGUAUAAGGGGUUUCCUGCAUAUGUUCCACACCUGUACAUGUAUAUAUAUCGGCCUAUGGCCUCAUGGGAAUACGAGUUGCAUAUUUCCUAACAUGGUAUUAGAGCUAGGUCAAUUUUUUUUGCACGUUGCAACUCGUGCUAUUGAUCCAACCCGCGUCGCCGCCAUCCUCUGUGGCCGCUGCUCCUUUUUCUCUGUCUAUCGUAGCCGGCGGCUCUCCACGCCCGCUACUCUCCCUUGCAGGUCAACUCAGGCCGGCUCCUUCCCCAGUCCCGUCUCCCUGGAUCGAACACGAGCAAGCCGGUUUUCCUCUGGAUUGAGUUGGCCCCGCUCGAGCCGGCUUCCUCUGGAUCUGAUCUGCUGCCAGCUGCCGAUCUCGGAGGAGUUUGCUUGCCUGCAGAUCUGCCCACGGCAGGACCGGGCCUCCAGAUCAAUCACCCGUUUGUCCUCAGUUGAAGAUCUCAUCGAUCCGUGCUACAUCUCCACGUAGUGCUACUUUGCUCUCCGGUGAUACGUGGUGCUAGCCACUUCCUACGGGUGCUGCUUGCUGCUUCUGCUGAUACGUGGUGCUGGUGUAUUGAUUCGUCACGCCGCCGGAUCUCGGCUGAUUGGUCUGCUACGUUCGUCUGCCCCUGACUAACACACACACACAAAAAAAAAUGUCUGCUGCAUCGGGCUAUGUUGCUGUCCCUCGCUGUCCGGUGAUCUUUGAUGGUACUAACUACACCGAGUUCACUGGCUUUAUGCGCAUUCACAUGCGUGGCAUCCGUCUCUGGGGUGUUCUUUCUGGCGAGGUCUGCUGUCCGCCACGUCCAGUUCCUCCGGUGGCCCCUACUCCGCCAACUCCAUCGGUUCUUCCUAUGGAUGCUAAUCAGGUCGCCAAGGAUGCGGCUAAGCUUGCUGAUGAGGCUGCUGAUCGUGCUUAUGAUGGGAGGGUUUUGGCUUAUGAGGAGGCUCUUCAGACGUAUCAUGGUGCUCUGUCUGUUUACACCCAGUGGCUUGAUGAUGAUGCUCGUGCUGCAGCUGUUCUCACUGCUAGUGUUCUGCCUCAGUUUGCUUCUGAAUUUCUGGGUCUUCCUACUGUCUUUGAGAUGUGGACCCGUCUUCGUCAGCGCUAUCAGCCCUCUGGUGAUGCCUUAUACCUCUCCGUGGUCCGUCAGGAGCAUGCUCUUCAGCAGGGUGACUCUACUGUUGAUGACUUCUAUGCACAGAGUUCUGCUAUCUGGCGCCAGCUUGAUUCUCUCCGCAGUGCUGGGUGUCGUACCUGCCCCUGUUGCCAGGCUGUCCAGGCCAAUUUGGAGUUUCAUCGCGUCUAUGAGUUCCUGUCUCGGCUCCGUAAGGAGUUUGAGCCCCGGCGUGCUCAGUUGUUUGCUCGUGGCCGUAUUUCUCUCAUGGAGGUGCUUUCUGAGAUUCGUGCUGAGGAGACUCGCUUACGUGGUGCUGGUUUGCUGGAGGUUCCCUCUGUGCUCGCUACUCGUGCUCCUACGCCACCUGCUGCACCGACCCCUUCUCGCUCGAGUGCUCCGCCGCUCUUGCCCACUCCUUCUGGAGGCUCAGGUCGCCCCCGUCCACAUUGCGACUAUUGCAACAAUGAUGGUCAUCUUGAGUCUCAGUGCUACACGAAGAAGAAACACCUGCGCAAGGCUCGAUCAUCAUCUUCAGGGACUUCGUCAUCUACCUCGACAGCUUCAGCCAUUGCUUUGACUGAGCAGAAUAUUCUGAGACUUAAGCGUCUGCUCGCGGCUUCAGGUUCUUCCUCGACGGGUACUGCUGGUUCUGUGACUGAUGCUUCCCGCACUGAGCAAUCACCCUCUACACAGUCAGGACCGUCGCACGCACACUCUGGUUGGGGCUGGCCCUCGCCGCCGUGAUUCUCAGGGUCUUUGGGAGUUGGACUGGCUUCAUGUUCCUUCCGCUGCCACCACCAUCGCCAGUUCUUCCGCUUCUGUCGCCUCCGUUACUGGUUCCUUCCAGCAGUGGCAUCAUCGACUUGGUCAUCUGUGUGGUUCUCGGUUGUCUUCUUUAGUUCGUCGAGGUCUUCUGGGGUCUGUCUCAGGAGAUGUCUCUUUAGAGUG